AUGAGUCAAACAUCUCUGAAACAGAAAAAGAAGAAUGAGACUGGACCGAGGUACUCAAAAGACAGCCUGGAAGCAGACAAAUCUAGAAAGGAUUCUGAGAAAUCAGGAGUUCGUCUGAGCACCCAGAUGAGGCGUGCAGUCAUACCGCAUCACUCGCUGAGAUGCUGCCCCAUGCGGGGUCACUCGUCGUGUAGACGCUGCCUUUGUGCAGCUGAGGGAAAAGUGCUUCUUGGCCCCUGCCGCAUGAUACGUAUUUAUAUUCACAUGUGCCUGUUGUGGGAGCAGGGCUGGCAGAUCACCGUGAUCAGGGGAUCACAAGAAUUAACCUUGCCGAAGACAGACUCUCGAGGGUACCUAGUGAGAAAUCAGUGGUCUCGAACUUCACGGAGCCCAUCCACCAGAGCUCCAUCAGUAGAUGAGUCCAGAAGCAAGAACACAAGUCUUAAGGUAGAGAUCCCCAGUAGCUCCACGACCUCCCGGACUUCAUCCACCUCCCCUAGCCAUCAAGAGUCGCCAAAGCCGCUCUCAGCGCAGCCCUCGCCACCCACACCAACCAUUGCGCUCGACUCACGUUCUUCCACGACCCCGGAGGUCCAACUCCAGACCGGGUCCCGGCGCAGCACCAAGAUGGCUGAGAAUUCCGACGCCUGGUCUCCCGGCCUGGGGCGGGAAAUCCGAGAGUCGCGGGACUCGCGAGAGUCGCGAGACUCGCGAGAUUCCAGGGAUACGCACCAGCGGGAAUAUCCGCGCACGCCCCCCACUGAAUGGAAAUCCUAUGCCCAGCGCAGGGCUCUCUACCCGUCACAGCUGGAUCAAGACUGUAUGUCUGACCUGGUCAGGCAGCGAGAGGAAGAGGAGGACGAGGACGAUGCCUACUGGGCAUCUGUGAGAACACUGUACGAGAAGACACCGAGCUCCUCGCGCCCCAGGCCGCCCAAACCCAAGCAUGCCAUCACCAUCGCUGUGUCAUCCCGUGCGCUCUUCAACAUGGUGGACGGCAGGAAAAUCUACAAGGAAGAGGGUCUGGAAAAGUACAUGGAGUAUCAGCUUUCCAAUGAGAAUGUCGUCCUGGCCCCAGGGCCGGCCUUCCGCUUUGUCAAGGCACUGCAGCAUGUCAAUGCUAGACUCCGUGAGCUGUAUCCUGAUGAACAGGACUUAUUUGAUAUUGUUCUGAUGACUAAUAACCAUGCCCAAGUGGGAGUGCGGCUUAUAAACAGCGUCAAUCACUAUGGAUUACUAAUUGACCGCUUCUGUCUGACUGGUGGAAAAAGCCCCAUUGGCUAUUUGAAGGCAUAUCUUACCAACUUGUAUCUUUCUGCGGAUUCUGAAAAAGUACAAGAAGCAAUACAAGAAGGGAUCGCCUCUGCAACAAUGUUUGAUGGAGCCAAAGACAUGGCUUACUGUGACACACAGCUCCGUGUGGCCUUUGAUGGGGAUGCCGUCCUCUUUUCUGACGAGUCUGACCAUAUUACCAAGGAGCACGGGCUGGACAAAUUCUUUCAACAUGAAGCACUAUUUGAGAAUAAGCCUCUUGCUCAGGGUCCCUUGAAAGGCUUUCUGGAAGAUUUAGGCAGACUGCAAAAGAAGUUUUAUGCCAAAGACGAACGGUUAUGUUGCCCUAUCAGGACCUACCUGGUUACAGCUAGGAGUGCAGCCAGUUCAGGCGCCCGCGUGCUGAAAACCCUUCGCCGCUGGGGUCUAGAGAUAGACGAAGCUCUUUUCCUUGCUGGAGCCCCCAAAGGUCCCAUCUUGGUGAAGAUAAGGCCCCACAUCUUCUUUGACGACCACAUGUUCCACAUUGAAGGGGCACAGAAAUUUGGCACCAUCACAGCUCAUGUACCUUAUGGAAUUAAUCAAAAAGAGAACAAUUAG